UUAAAAAAACGAAAGAAAGGAGGAAUUGGAGCAUUGGGGCCUUGUGGGGUGAGAACUGAGAACGGAAAAGGAAAGAAAGGAGGAGGAGAAGAAGAAAGAGAACCCAACCUAUUUUCUCGAUAACCGCCAAAUUCCAAUCACCGGCGCCAUCUCCAGCUCCUUCGCGAUCAGGAUCCUUCCUUCUUUCAUCAUUAUUUCACCGGAAAAUCACUUAUACAAGAAGAAAAAAACUAAAUCCCAGGUUGCCAUAGUCAUUUCUCAUAUCUUCUCAAGUGGCGAUUAGCUCUAAGUUAACCACUUCAAUCAUUUUCACAGUAUUUAGGCAACAUUUUACAGUAUCACGUGGAGUAGGUGUGUUUACAUCUAUCUAUGUUUGGAGGACAAGUGAUAGCGCCUGGAAAUAGUCCGCAUCUGAGGAAGUCUGGUAGCCGACCUGUUGUCUUUGAUCUUGGUAGAAAAAGAUCAUGAUAAAGCUUUUUUUUAGAUUCAGUGAGCAGGGAAAUGGUGCAGAGGAAGGUUUCUUGCAUUCAAUUGAGUCGCCUGAUUUGAAGAGUAUGAUUACACCAAUUAGUACUGCUGCAAUAAUGCCAUCUCCAAUAUUGUUAUGGAGAUUUAAGGUACUAUUGUUCUUUCUUUGGGGUUUCAUUUGCUGCAAGAUUGGAUGGGAUUCUGUCAUGAGAAUGAGUGUGGAUUUGCGGGACCUUUUUCUAUACGAGGCAUUUUUGUAUUACAAUCCUCUCCUUCUUGUGACUAUGAUGGUUUGGCUUUGGGGAGUUAAUUUAUGGGUUUUUGCCCAAUCUACCGUCAAUUAUGCAAAAAUUUUUGAUCUUGACCAAAAUCAUCUGACCCAUAGAGAAAUCUGGAAGGUUGCUACGUGGAUGACCAUUGUCGUCCCAACUAGCAUGACUGCAUAUCUUUACCUUUAUUCUCAUGGAGAAGUAUCGUUGGCUGCAUCACAACCAGUCGUCUUAUAUUUUGCUGUUGUGAUGGUUUUGAUAUUCCCCUUUGAUAUCUUUUAUUUAUCAUCUCGCUACUACUUGUUGAGGACCCUUUGGCGGAUAGUUUUCCCACUACAGGCAAUAACUUUUUCGGACUUUUUCUUGGCUGAUAUUUUGACUUCCAUCUCAAAGGUAUUUUCAGAUUUGGAGCGUUCAGCAUGUCGGAUGGUUCAUCGGCAGGUUGCUACCAUUGCAUGGUUUGAAGCUGAUUCUGUUUGUGGCAGUCAUUCUAUUGCCAUCCCUUUAGUCCUCGUUUCGCCUUAUAUUUUUAGAUUAUUCCAAUGUCUUCGACAAUACAAGGACACAAAGGAGAAAACAUCUCUCUUUAAUGCUUUAAAAUAUUCAACUGCGGUGCCAGUGAUUUUCCUUUCGGCACUUAAAUAUCAUGUUGUCCCUGAUAGUUGGACAAAUUUUUAUAGGCCUCUCUGGCUUUUAUCAAGUGUUUUGAACUCGUUGUAUUCAUUCUACUGGGAUGUGACUCGGGAUUGGGACUUGAGCUGCUUCACUCGAAUUUUCAAAUUCAACAGACCAAAUAUCUGUUCAUACCUGAUAUAUGGACGAAAAUGGGUAUAUUUUUGGGUGAUAGGAAGCAACUUGAUUCUGCGUUGCACGUGGACUUACAAGCUCUCUGCUCAUCUCCGUCAUAAUUACCUCACCGUGUUCACAAUUACUCUCUUGGAGAUGGUCCGUCGUUUCCAGUGGAUUUUCUUCCGCGUUGAAAAUGAGUGGAAUAAAAUGAGUUCAAAAUCAAACAUUCAGCUUUCUACUGCUGAAACUGAGGAAACCAAGUUAUUAGAUUCCAGUCAUCAUAAUGUAUAGACUAUUAAUGAUUAUAUGGCUAAUUACCAGCGUCAUGGAGGUUUUGAACGAUGCCUUCCAUAUUUUUGCUGAAAGGGUUUAUUCAUUCUAUUUUUAAUUUUCAAUUUAUAUAAUUUUUUUUUAUUCAUGGAGGAAUAGGCUCUUUGAUCUUUUAUCUGAUCAUAUUAUGUUGAAGGUCCAUCGACCAUCAGAUUCUGAGUCUUCCAACCCCCCUCCCCUUUUAAUAAUUUGAAUUCGAUAUAGAUUAUUACCGGA